AUGGCCUUCGAAUUCCUCGCCCCGAUCCUGACGCCGACGGCGCUCGCGACGGUGCAGCGCGACCCGUCGCUGCUGGGCAUCCUGCUGGCGGUGCUGUUCGGCCUGGGGCUGCAGGUCGCCCUCGCCGUCUUCAUCCACUACCGGACCGAAAAGGACAACGGGACGUGGAAGGGCUGGGGCAUCCCCUUCUGGCCCAAGAAGAAGGCUAAGAAGCAGGGCUUCAGGAAGCUCGGCGGGAAAUGA